AUGCCAGCCCUCAGACACAGCGGCAAGAACCGCAAACCGCCCCCGGACGGCUUCGACGACAUCGAAGACACGCUCCUCGAAUUCCAGAACCAACUCAAAGACGCCGAGAACGCGAGCCACGAAGGCCGCAAGAAGCACGAAAUGCUGUGGCCCGUGUUUCGCAUCACGCAUCAGCGCUCCCGCUACAUCUACGACCUCUACUACGAGAAAGAAGCCAUCAGCAAACAGCUCUACGAUUGGCUGCUAAAGAACGGCUACGCAGACGGGAAUCUGAUAGCCAAGUGGAAGAAGCAGGGAUAUGAGAAGCUUUGCUGUCUGCGCUGCAUCCAAACGAAAGAGACAAAUUUCAACAGCACAUGCAUUUGCCGUGUGCCGAGGACGCAACUGAAGGAAGAUCAGGAGAUCCAAUGCGUAAAUUGUGGAUGUCGGGGUUGUUCAAGUGGAGACUGA